CCAUCUCUUUUCCACUAUAUUUUUUAUUAAUUAUUUAUAUGUUAGCUAAUAUUCAUCAAGAAAAAAUUAUUCGCUAGCUUUAAAAUAUACACAACCCACCCACCCAUUACUCUAUAUUACCAAUGCUUUUUAAUGCACUGCCGGUUGUUGUUCGAGAAAGAGUUAUUCAGCUUGUGGUUGAGGAAAACUCAGUAUGUCUUGCGACAUGGAAGGAGAAUAUGAAACUUCUGGCGGUUUCACACGAGUGGAGAGAAAUGGCCAAACGUCUGGUAUACAAAAAUGCAUUUAUAACCAAUAACGGCAGUGAAGAAAAAGAAAGCAACAACAGUGAUACUAAGGUACCGAAGCUCUUCACAAACAUUGGAUUAAUCCAAUCUACCAACAACGUACAUAUGGUCAAACAUUUCGACCUCUACUUGCAAGAGCACCAGCUGACAAUCGCUUCCCUCCAGCAACUAUCUCAGAUAUUUAAUUUUACAUCAACUAAAUGGGAAAACGUUAAAUUCUUCAACGUCUCCAUGUACCUGGACUACCGCAGUCGCAGCGUCAAUGACGACCACGAGUAUGUGUUUGCACAAUGCCCAGAGCUGGAAAAACCAAUGGGUCGGUUUGCCAACCGCAUGAUACAGCAUAUGCCGGGAGUCACUGGGCUGAGGCUCAAGUCGCAUGAGUGCGACAGGGUUGCCGGUGUAUUCUGCAACAAGCUGGCCAACGCUUAUGCGCGCCAGCUCGCGUUUUUGGACUGCAGCAUGGAGCUUACUUUUACAGUCGGCGGGGCGUUUUCGGAUAAGCUGGAGCACCUGAGUAUUAGACCGCGGAUGGCGGCUGGAAGCAGGAGGCUUCUUCCUAGGGUUAAUCCCGGGGCACUGCGAUAUUUAAUGCUUGGUGGGCUGUCGGCAGACUUUUCGUGGAAAUAUUUCGAGGAUGGAUGGUCCCGCAAUGGCAAUGGCAAUGGCAAUGUGCAGUUUGAUAACCUGACAACGCUGGAAUUGAACUUUGAGACCAUGAUGGAUGACAUUGAGGUUGCAAUGUCCCGAAUGCAGCACGCCAGCCUGCACACUGACGAAACGCAACUUAAUGUGUUGUUUCCCAAGCUCGCCGACAUUGUGAUCAACGGCAACCCCAUUGACAGCAAGAUAAUCACCUCAGCGAGCAUGCCCUCGCACAUUGAUUCGCUGACUGUUAUGGAGUCGCUCGAGACGCUGAAGGUCAGCUCGGAGCUGCAGACAUUCUCGAUCGGCAGGCUCACGGCAAUCCUCAACCUGGACUACUACACGAGCAAGUCUGAAUUUUACCGCAUAACCAACCAUCUCUUUGGCCGCUCAAGUAACUGCCAAGAGGUAGUGCUUGAACUGCGCAAUAUUCCAUUUGACCUAGACCCAAAGCGUCUUGAGUGGGACAAGGUCAUGGAGCUGACCAUCAGCAAUGUCAUCGACUACACUCUGCUUACCCAGGUUAUCUCAAGUUUACCGAAUUUGCAGGAUCUCGUGGUGUCGCAGCUUUCCAGUAAUGAGGUUGCCGAUGAUAUGCUUAGUGUGAAUUGCGUGGAUAAUGAGAAUGAGCUGAAGAUUAAGACGGAGUGUUUGAGAAGUGUGUGGUUUUUGAAUCCGGCGGAUGAUAGUUUGAAUGAGGCGUGUGCGCUGUGUGUGCAUCAUUUGGCUUUGCAGGUGCCGUCGCUGGCUAAUAUAAGAACUUUUUAUUUUGGGCGUGAUGAGAUGUAUGACCUUGUGGAAGAGUUUCAACAUGAUUAUCCUCACCUGCAGAUGCUUAAUAUUAUUGAUUGAUUUUUAUUGUUCUUUUUCUUUUUCUUUUUCAUUUCUUCUAAACCAACAA